GUCUCAAACCCAAAAAAUGGGAAGAGAGUGAGCAAACGCCGUUUCUGCCGCAGCAGCAGCAAUUGGUCGCCGUCAGUCCUCUCCUGCUUGCCUGUUAAACUUCCGUGAAUAUUAUCUUUUAUACCAUCCAUGUCCUUGAAGAAACAGAUAGCUUCAAUCCCACAAGGCUUUCUCUUGGGCAUUGUUACAAACACGUUAAUGAUGUUUGGGAAAAGGUACUGGUCCUCCGGCGAGUGGUGGUCAAGGAAUCAGAAGCGGUUGAUGACCACCAGCAAGCGGGUGCAGGACAGGAGCAAGAUGAAGAGGGUUCAUGACCUUGAGGUUGCGACUGAGAACUGGAAGAUAGCUUCCAAAGUGCUGUUUCUGAUGGAAAUAUUGAAGAAGGAGCAGGAAAUGAUCAUUCCGGUGAGGUCAUUGGACAAGUUCCGGGCGCAGAUUAGUCUUCCUAAGCCGCAUAGGAUGUCUGAUUUCAUUAAAAAGUCGCCGAAGCUGUUCGAGUUGUAUAAGGAUCGGAGGGGAGUUUUGUGGUGUGGGAUGACUGAGCAAGCUGAGGAGUUGGUAGAGGAGGAGGAUAAAAUACUAGAGGAGCAUCAUGAUAAGGCUGCUGAGUACGUCACUCGGUUUCUUAUGAUGUCUGCCGAUAAGCGGCUUCGUGUGGACAAGAUUGCUCAUUACAGGAGAGACUUUGGUCUUCCUAGUGAUUUUAGGAAUGCUUGGGUGCAUAAGUAUCCACAGUACUUUAGGUUGGUAAGGAAUAAUGAUGAUAUUGAGUACUUGGAACUUGUUUCUUGGAAUCCUGCUUGGGCUAUAACAGAGUUGGAGAAGAAGACAAUGGGGGUUGCUGAUGCCAGUGCUCAUACCCCUGGUUUGCUGUCGCUCUCGUUUCCGUUGAAGUUUCCUCCUAAUUACAAGAAGAGAGUGUACAAAUAUCGGGGAGCGCUUGAUCAUUUUCAGAAGAGGUCUUAUUUGUCACCGUAUGCAGAUGCCAGGGGACUCAAAGCUGGAUCGAAAGAAUUUGACAAGAGGGCAGUGGCUAUUAUGCAAGAGCUUCUUAGCUUUACUGUUGAAAAGAGAUUGGUAACUGAUCACCUCACUCACUUCAGACAGGAGCUUGUGAUGCCCCAAAAGCUUAUGAGACUAUUUCUGAAGCAUUUUGGCAUUUUCUAUGUAUCAGAGAGAGGGAAGAGAUUUAGUGUCUUCUUAACAGAAGCUUAUGAAGGUUCAGAGCUCAUUGAGAAGUGUCCUUUGGUUAUUUGGAAAGAAAAAGUUCAGAGCCUUAUUGGUUACAGAAAAAAGAAGAAGAUUGAGACUUUUACCGACAUGUCAGACAUAGAAGAUAGUGGUUUAUAUACGAGCAAUUCUGAAAGUGAAAGUGAUUCUGAAGAAGACAGCAUUCAUUUGGAGAAUAACUCACAUACUGAUGAUUCUGAAAUGGAGAUUGACGAGGUUUUCAGAGCUUACGAGGACUCUUGAAACAUCUUAGAGUCAUUUAUUCAUGAGUUGUAGCAUAAAUGGAUCAGUCAAGCAAAAGGCUUAAUGGCCUGACCGGGUUGAAUAUAUUGAUGCUGGGAAAUGAAAUUCAAUGCAGGGUAGUUAUUAUCUCAUUCAUUAGCUUGUUUUCAUUGUUCUUUCUUUGGUCAGUUUAUACCUUGUAGAAGUUUUAUAUGUCCAAGGAUGGUUGCAUACUGAGAGGUCUUCAGUUGUGCACUUGUUAUACACAGACUGCUAAUUGACUUUGCAUACACAUUUUAUAUUAGAAUCUCUUGUUAGAGAAGUCUGGAAUGUGUUAUGCGGAAUUGCGGAUGCUUAAAUAGUAUAUACAUUACUUGCCACUCCAACUGCAAAGUUACUACACCUUUGCCAGUGGUUUUGUCCUUAAUCUAUUGCUACUCAUGCACAGAUAUUCUGCUUCAAAUGCCUAAGAAUGAUAGGAUGAUAGGAAUACUUUUCAAAUCUUCUCUGAAUUCUUGUUAAUAUGGCAUUGU